AUGACUAAUUCAAGUCAAGUAAAUGCUGGAACAGUAAGUGCUGCAACAACAUCGGUUGCACACAAUCGUUCAAAUGCUGCCCUAGCACCGGCUGAGAAACCUGCAAAGUUUUCUGGAGUCGACUUCAAGAGAUGGCAGCAAAAGAUGUUCUUCUAUCUGACUACAUUGAGUCUGCAGAGGUUCAUUAAUGAGAACGUUCCUGUUAUGUCGGAUGAAACUCCGCCUGAAGAACGAUUCUUGGUAACAGAAGCAUGGACACAUUCUGAUUUUUUGUGUAAAAAUUAUAUUCUGAGUGGCCUGCAGGAUGAUCUGUACAAUGUGUACAGUAAUGUGAAAACCUCAAAAGAACUCUGGGAUGCUUUAGAAAAGAAGUACAAAACAGAGGAUGCCGGAAUGAAGAAGUUUAUUGUGGCAAAGUUUCUGGACUAUAAGAUGAUAGACAGAUUGGUUGUGAAUGAUGCUUUUCAAGUGGCUGCCAUUAUAGAGAAGUUACCUCCAUUGUGGAAGGACUUCAAAAACUACUUGAAACAUAAACGCAAGGAGAUGACUGUUGAAGAUCUCAUGGUAAGGCUGAGAAUCGAAGAGGAUAACAAGGCCGCAGAAAAGAGGUCGCGUGCUGCUUCAACUGUGGCAAACGUGGUCAUAAGGCUAAUUGAAUAUAGGGGUCCCAAGAAGGACAAGAAGAAGGAUCAAGCAAAUUUGGCUGAAUCCAAAGGAGAGAUGGACGAUCUUUGUGCAAUGCUUUCAGAAUGCAACUUGGUUUGGAAAAUCCAAGAGAAUGGUGGAUAG